GUAUAAGUCCGGUCCAAAGAAUGGCACUAUUAGAGAUAUUUCAGACGAUCUUGUAUUUUCUGAUCAAACUGUUGACGGAGUUGGAGGCUGUGAAUAUUGCCCCAGAAACCUGGACACAAGUACAAGCUACGACCGGACGCGGAGCCAAAAUUUACCGAUAUCAGUCAGGUCCAUCAAUUCCCGCUCAGGUUAGCUCCUCGUCAGCCAAUUCUGUCGGCGCCAGGGUAACUUAACCGGGCGCGACUUCAAAAAUCACGACAAAGCAUUGCAAGCCACAUAUUCGAAAGCCGAAGGCGGGCCGUCCAUGACCGAUUGAGUGCGUCCCGGCUCGCUACUGCUACUUUCGGUACUCUACAAACAAUUCGCUGAUCCUGAUCUGGUCAUGCCAACUCAAUAAAACAGCAUCACAUCAUGGAAUUCCGCCAUGCUGUCCGGGCAGUCUGGCCCUCGGCAGCCACCCGGCCAUGUCUACUCUCAACUACCCGGCUGCAAUUCUCCACAAGCAGUCGACUCCUCUCAGAAGCCGCGGCUGAAGCUCCCCGAUCAUCACCAGCCGAAGCGUCACAUCCUCAGCAGACUGAUCGGGCCAAGACACCGCCGCCCAACUCGCCCGCCUGGAGCCGAGCGGUGCCGCGCCCGCCGCCAAUCCAGCGAAACACCUUCUUCAUCGACCCGAAGCAGCGCGGUCAGGCGCAGUCGCAGACCCAAUCGCAGCAAACCAACAAUGUGACCAUCACAGACCCUGCCCAGCUGCCCUCGCAGAUCCGCGCCGACAUGGAGAAGCACACCACCGCCACCACCACCACCAGCAGCACCAUCAGCAGCAUUGCCGCUGGCCUGGGCUCCCCGGGGACGCUGUGGAAGGAGGACGAUUUCCUGCAGCGGUACUUUGGGCCCCAGCAGGCCGACCCGCGGCUGCGGCCGUCGACGGGGCGCACCAUCAACGUGCGGGGCAACAUCGACCCGGGGCGGGCGUUUGCCCUGCUGGAAAAGAGCUGUGCGAGGAACAAAGUGCGGAACGACAUGUAUAAACAGCGCGAGCACGAGCGGCCGGGCCUGAAGCGCAAGCGGCUCAAGAGCGAGCGGUGGCGGACCCGCUUCAAGUUCGCCAUGAACGCCGUCAUCAAGCGCACGCUUGAGUUGAGGUCUCAGGGAUGGUAAACAAGGACAGAAAACUUCGUCCCCAAAGGAAAGGGGCACACAGGGAGUGUUGUAUGUAUAAAAAUGGACCGUGGAACUAGAUCGGGCGGUUGCAUUGGCUGUUGUGGAUGUAUAGUGACAUGCAUAGAAUCUGUUUUGUUCCAUUUGCACCCUCCUGCU